UUGCCAAUUUACACAACCAAACACACCUUUAGAAAAAAAAACCUCUCUAUCUCCUCUUUCUCUCUCUACAUAUCUUCUCAUACAAGUUAUCUCAAACAACAAUAACAAUGGCGGUUUCAACACGCAGAACAAACGGACCGGUGCUCCGAUCACACUCGCCGUCUGGAAGGUUUCAUAACUCUCCGGCAACGACGUCGUUCGCCUCCACAACCUCUGCGUUCUCGUCCAGGUCUACUUUUUUUCAAAACAGAUCGUCUUCUCCAACUCCGGUGAGUCUGUACGGUUACGGUUCACCAUCGGCGUCAACCGUACGGUUUUCGUUCGAUAACCGUUCGAUUUCUCCGAGCAGAUCUAUAUCUUCGUUACCGAGGAGUCAUAAUCAAGCGGUGAAGAAACAGGAUGCUCCGAAGAAGACGUGUAUGUGUUCACCUACAUCGCAUCCAGGAUCAUUCAGGUGCAGUUUGCAUAAAAACACAAACAACAAUGUUCAAAGCCACAAUAAUACGACGACGUAUCCUUCGAACCGGCUUAACGCUCGGAGGUCGGCGAUGACGAACUCGCUCGUGCGAAUCGGAACGGUUGAAGGUGGAGAUCUGGUGAAACGAGCGCUCGCGGCGUUGAUUCGGCCGUCGUCGCAUCAGCAACGACGGAGAAUGACGUUUCAGGCUAGGCCUAGUCGGUUAUCCGUCAUGUCAACGGCGGAGGAUGUUUAGGUUUUUGUGAAAUUUUUGGUAUGCGAGUUAUUUUUUCAUUAGUUUUCACCGUAUGGAGUCAUCGACGACGGUUAACAACAGAUCGGUGUUGAUGAAAGGUUGACAAAACGAUCUCUUAUACUCUUAAGACUUGUAUGUAUAUACAAAUAGAAAUAGUUGACCUUAUGUUGCCGCCAUUAAUGGUUGAACAAGCUUCUUCAAUUCACUCUGGACAUUAUAAACUAAA